GGAGGAACAAGGUAGCUAAGGAAGUGUUCAUCAUCAAAGGGCGUUUUUAAGUGCGACUGGACGAUAAGGGCGGUUGUUUGACACUAUCCAGGGGACCACACUGAGUAUGGAUGCACUCAACACACUGGAAAUCUACAUCCCUGUGGAGGCUGAGGUGAAAAGCAUCCCACUGCGAAGCUUACCCAAGGCAGUGGUCAGAACAAUAGGCCUUUUCCUCCCUGACCACGACGUCUCCUGGAAGCCUGCAGACUCUCCAGAAGGCAUUUGGAUUUGUCCGGCGGUCAUACGGAGGAAAGGCCAGAAGCUGACUUCACAUGCAGGAAGAGGCGGGGUGGACAACAUGGAGAACAUGUCCUCAGUGCUGGACACAGAGUUUCGGGCUAAACCGGGUCCGCUCCGAAUGUCUAUCGUCUCUAAAAACCGCACGGCGUACGAGGUGCUGAAGGAGCCCGGGCCUGGGACACGGAGGCCCCUCACGUCGGCUCACGGCUCGUCACUGAGGACCGACCAAGACGCUGUCCUCAUCUACCGUGGGUGUGUCUACCUGUCCAUCAGGAGACCCGGCCGAAGCCAGGCUCAACCUCAGCCAGCGUCUGCUGUUCCUUCGACUUCAGAUUCAUCGUGUAAACGCCGAAAGAAGGAGCUGCUAAAUGACAAAAGGCCCAAAAAGAGGCUCGCCACAUGCAAAGUGCUGCACCAAGAAAGCCGGACGGACGCCGCGCACAAGAAGAGAGACGUAUCCACAUCCAAGCCUGUGUGUCCAGUCGCUCUGCCCGCCGCCGACGUGCACAACAUGGACGUCCAGAACCACGAGGACGCCAGAGCAGAGACAGGCUUCCACCCUCAGGGCGAGCAGGACGAGGCGGUCAACAGCGUCGGCAGUGACGUGCAGGAACCGGCCGGCGAAGAAGCCGAGAGCCCAAACGAGCCGCCACAGAUGGACUGUGUGUUCAACGAGCUGGCGCAGGCGGAGGAGAUCGCUCGGCUGAGGGCCCAAUACAAACAGAACGUAGCCGCUCUGGGGAACCUGCCUCUGUCGUAGCGGCGCCUCGUUCAGGCCGACGAUGCCAUGAGACUGACCUCUAUGGCGUUGCUUUCGUGUCUCGUUCCCGAGCAAUUAAUUUUGAGCACAAAAACGUGGUUAUUUUGCAAGAAGUCAAAGUUAUGUUUUGCGUAAAAGUUAUAAUCAAGCGACAAACAAAGCAGUUAGAAGGAACAAUAACGUGCUCAAGUGAUUAUGUUUCAUGUUUUAAACGUUCUUUAUGUUAUUUCACUCAUUAAAUUGUAUAGUUUUCUUUUUUUAUUUAUUUUUGUCACACGAUAUAAUAUUCAUGUCCACAAAACGUGUUAUUUCUAGCUAUAAAAACUGUAAUUAUGAAUUCAAAUCAUGCUUUAUAUGCAAAUGAAAUCAGUGCUGGAGAAGUUAAAAUUUGUUGCAUCAUUUAAAUGCAACAAAAAUGGAAAGACUUCAACAUUUCAAAGUCUGAUGAGACUGAUUUCCUUCCUUUGAGGUGUUGCUGUAGAAUGCAGUGUGAGGAACAGGAGGUGUUUUCUGAACCUUAAAGCAUAAUCAAUAACAUGCUCCACUGAUUGUUUCUUUAUGCUGAACACACAUAAGCGUACUGAGGAAACAGUGUCGUGUUCAGCAUUAUUGAUUACUGUUUGCUUUGUUUUUUGCCUGAUCGUAGCUUUUACACAAACUAUACAAUUUUGAAGUUCUUGCAGAAAACAUGUAUUUGUGCUCAAAGCUUCUCAUUAAUUUCUCAGAAAGUGAGAUGCAAACAAAAGCGUCCUAUCUCUCAGGUUUGUUUUAAACUUUUCACAUUUCUUAGAGACUAUAGAACGCAGUGUACUGAUGAUCUGCUCCGUCUGUGGGUUCAUAGAUAUGACAGUUAGCCUUUGAACACAUUAGCACUCUGGUGAUUUCUGGGCUUUGGUGUUUUGUGCGCAUACAUAAACAUUGUAGGUGUCCUAGAAUAUCCAGGCUCAUAUGGAAUGAUGGUUACACACUUUAAUGACAGCCUGAAACUGAACUGUGCUCAAACUCUUAAACUGCUGGGAUAACUGAGGGGUUUCUACCUUAACCUCAGUUAGCCGUCGUACUUUAAGCGCUCGAUUGACUGUGAGACACUCUCUGGUUCCCGACAUGUGCCGUGCUCAGCAAAUUUUUUGCAUCAUUUCAAAACAUAAUGUGACAACAGGUCGGGCUUCAGCGAACGGUUAUUUCCAGCGUUGACUUUAUCAUGUUAAUGCCUUAGUUGGUCUAUAAAAUGUAAAAUAAAUGCAUAAAGUUAAGUUU